CCCCUCCUCCGGAUUGUUGCGGCGUGACGGUUCCAUCAUGGCGCUGCGCUCUUCCUCCAGCACUCGUCCGCAGGAUGUGGCCUCCCGUGAUUCUCCGCCGGCGGAGGGUGGAUCCGGCAAUAGAGCUGGAGCUGAUGUUGCUAGGAAGACUAAGGAGGCUGAACAUAUGUUGGCUAGUUUAGAAGAAGAGGGAGUGGACAUAGAUGGCAAGAUGGCUAGUAUUAUUGAUGACGAGAUAGCUAGAAUUAAAGCUGAAGCUGAGAGGGAGAAAAUGAUCGAUGGGCUGAAAAGGAACGGGGUGGUGGUACUGGUCACUAUCUCGUCUGUUGUUUUUGGUGUCUUGAUGGGAGCGGAAUUUUGUGAACGGUCCCUAUAUGCGCACGCGUUCAACAGACUCCUUCGUUGGUGAACAAUAGCCUAGGGCUUGCUGGUCCACUCUGCUUAUGCUAUGUAAGACCAAAUAGGUAGGCUUGGUAUUAUGCAAAACCUGUUUAUGGUGUCUGAUAAUUAUCGCGUUAUACUGUGGAUUUUUGCAUAUAAUAAUUUAACUCUUACUCUUAACACCAUGCGCUGUUCUAAGCUGCAUGGAACAGGUGCUCUGUUAAGUGGUAACUGAAUCAGGUGUGGGCGAUCAUGGUAUGUGAUACUUAAUUGAAUGGUGAUUUAUACCUGUGGCUUCACUCCCAUAAACUGCUUGCGGAAAUCAUACAUUGUCACUGUGUUGUCAUAUAUUGGAAUCUCCAACUACUGGAUUUUGCCGAUUUUCAGUAUUUGUUACACCUUGGUAAAUGUUCUCUUUUCUUUGUACGCUGAAACUGAAAAGAGGCAAUACGGGUAUUGUGUGGUUGAGCUGAUCGUUCAGCAGGUUU